CAGAAUAAACAAACAAAUUUACUUCUCUGCACUAAAAUCUAAAAGCCCCCUUCAGCAUCUUUCUUCCACAAAACCGGAGCUCUCGCAGAUUAAGCUCAAGAAUCUCAUAAUCAGAGCUCCAGUUCUGUGAAGGUUCCUUGAGAAUGGAUAUCAGCUCGGGCGAGGAUUCAGAUAUAAGUGAAUCUGAAAUGGAAGAGUAUGAAGAUAAAUCUUAUGAAAAACUAAAGAAUGGGAAACACAAUAUCAAAGUUUCUGAGGAAACUUAUACUUGCCCCUAUUGUCCCAAGAAAAAAAAGCAAGAUUACUUAUAUAAGGAACUCCUUCAGCAUGCUUCUGGUGUAGGAAAAAGUAAUUCGGACAAAAGAAGUGCAAAAGAGAAAGCCAAUCACCUAGCUUUGGUGAAGUAUUUGGAAAAAGAUCUUGUGGCUGUAGGUAGUUCAUCAAAAACUGCGGCUGAGGAGGAUCCUCUUAGUGGUUGUGACCAUGAUGAGAAAAUUGUUUGGCCUUGGACAGGAAUUGUGGUUAAUAUCCCUACUCGAAGGUCAGAGGAUGGGAGAUCUGUAGGAGAAAGUGGAUCCAAGUUGAGGGAUGAGUUGAUCAGGAGAGGGUUCAACCCCAUAAAAGUACUCCCACUCUGGAAUUACCGUGGUCAUUCAGGGACUGCUGUUGUGGAAUUCCAUAAAGACUGGCCAGGGCUACAUAAUGUCUUGUCAUUUGAGAAGGCUUAUCAGGCAGAUCAUCAUGGGAAAAAGGAGUGGUGUGCUAAUAAUGAUGUGAAGUCUGGUCUUUAUGCUUGGGUUGCCCGUGCUGACGACUACAAGUCAAGUGGCAUUAUUGGGGAACAUUUACGCAAGACUAGUGACCUUAAGACCAUUUCUGGGAUCAUGGAGGAAGAAGCCAGGAAACAAGAUAAACUAGUAUCAAAUUUGACAAAUAUCAUUGAGACUAAAAACAAACACAUAAAAGAGAUGGAAGCAAGAUGUUCUGAAACUUCUAAGUCCCUUGAGGUUUUAAUGGAUGAAAAAGAUAACCUUCUUCAAGCAUAUAAUGAAGAGAUUAAAAAGAUACAACUAAGUGCAAGGGAGCACUUCCUGAGGAUUUUUAAUGACCAUGAAAAAUUGAAGUCACAGCUAGAAUCUCAUAAAAGAGACCUAGAGUUGCGUGGAGUUGAACUCGAAAAGCGUGAGGCACUGAAUGAAAGUGAAAGAAAAAAGUUGGCUGAGGAGCUUGAACAGAAUGCCGUACAAAAUAGUGCUCUACAAUUGGCUGCUUUGGAGCAAAAAAAGGCUGAUGAAAAUGUAAUGAAACUGGCUGAAGAUCAGAAGAGGCAGAAGGAGGAACUUCACAAUAGGAUUAUUCAACUGGAGAAACAACUAGAUCAAAAACAGGCAUUAGAAUUGGAAAUUGAGCAAUUGAGAGGGUCAUUGAAUGUAAUUAGGCACAUGGGAGAUGAAGAUGAUAUAGAAGUUCUGAGGAAAAUGGAGGCAACUCUUAAAGAGUUGAGAGAAAAGGAGGGAGAGCUUGAAGACGUAGAAGCACUGAACCAAACUCUUAUUGUAAGAGAACGUAAGAGCAACGAUGAGCUGCAGGAGGCUCGUAAAGAAUUAAUUAAUGGAUUAAAAGAAAUAUCCAGUCGUGCACAUAUUGGUGUCAAGAGAAUGGGAGAACUUGACAGUAAACCAUUCUUUGAAGUAAUGAAGAGAAGGUAUAAUGAGGAACAAGCAGAGGAGAGAGCCUCAGAACUGUGCUCAUUGUGGGAAGAAUAUCUGAAGGAUCCUGACUGGCAUCCUUUUAAACGCAUUAAACUUGAAGGAGAAGAAGAAUAUCAGGAAGUGAUCAAUGAUGAGGAUGAAAAGUUGAGAGAUUUGAGGAACGAGAUGGGUAAUGAAGUGUAUAAGGUAGUCAUUUCGGCUAUAAAGGAAAUAAAUGAAUACAAUCCAAGUGGAAGGUACAUAAUUUCAGAAUUGUGGAAUUAUGGAGAAGGAAGAAAGGCAACACUGCAAGAGGGUGUCAUAUAUUUACUGAAGCUGUGGAACACGGCUAAACGCAAGCGAGGGACAAUGUGAAGGUUGCUAAUUUAUUUUUCAGGAAAUAAUUUGCUGACGACCUAUUAAGGAGCAGUAUCCUUGAAAAGCAAGGAUGCAUCACCAGAAUAUCGAAUUAGGUUGCAGUGUUUUAUGCUCUGCAUUGUUGUUUAUUUGUACAUUAUUGAAUUCCAUGUUAAAAUUUUUCAGCUCCCAGGGUACACACCCUUACUGGAAAGAAACUGCAUUCAUUGUUAACAUGUAGAAUUCAAGCUCAUGGACAGCAUGUCCAGAAAACGAUGUCGAAGAAAGACCUGUUACAGACAGUAGUCCUCAGGUUAGACAAUGUUCUGUUAAUAAGAAGGUUUGAACUGCUUUCUGUAA